CAUGCGGUUCUCUCAUCCAUCUCGUUCGCAUCUCGCUUCUUGCACUGCUCUGUUCUUUGCAGCCCGUAUCGCAGUCUCUCACCCUACUAGAGGUCACGAUGGUGUUUUCUCGUUGGAUAUACCGCAAACAGCACUAGGCGCUUCGAUAGCACACGAUCCUUCUUUUGCAUCUUUCUCGUUCGAGCCAGCAUUCUGGGUAGAGUUCUUCGGCAACCUCAGUACGCCGAAUAAGCUCACCUUCAAUCUGCUCAAUCGCAUUGUCGAUCAUGGUGGACAACCAACUGUCUUUCUCCCUCUAUCUAUGAUAUUCAACAUCUGUACUGACAAUAAUAGANUUCGACCUGGUGGGAUCACAAUGGACUCCAUGAUCUUCGAUGUAUCAGCCGGCGAUCCGGUCCGUACCACGAAUCCCAAGGGUGGAGUCUAUCGUACAACUGUUGGACCAGCCUACUACGAAAGCUGGUCAAACUUUCCCGAGGGCACCAAAUUUAUCGACGCGGCUGUCAAUGCAACCCUCGGUACCAAUGCAGCUGUCGAUUUCGGCAGCGAGCGCUGGUGGGCCUCGUCCGCGACGACAGACCAAAGUGGCUUGGAGGUCCGACCUGCUGCUCUCAUUCCUGCUGGUAUCGACUCGAAUGACCAGGUGGCCGACUAUUCCAUACACUCAUACCCAUUCUCGACCUGUGAUCCAGCCCGAGCUGUGUUGGCAACGACACAGAACAUCUUGAAUCAGACUGAAUUGAGUCGCUACGCCGAUGAGGAAAUCUAUCCAUCAGCCAAGGCCGCACUCGACGCUGGUAAUCGAUGGAUCAUUGGAGAGUUCAACUCCAUUUCCUGCUCUGGCAAUCCGAACGUUUCAGACACUUUCGCACAGGCUUUGUGGGUGGUCCAGAGUGAGCUCAUAUAUGCCGUACGCAAUGCCUCGGCCGUAUAUCUGCAUCAAGGAGCAGCCCUGGUAUUUCAAAGCAGUCAACAAGUCAAUUCUGCAGGCCAAGAUGGAUCGCCAGGCUAUUCGACGUACGACAUGUUCUAUCCUCGAGACAGCGACAAACGUGGUCCUGCAAGAGUCUUGCCCAGCUUUUCAAGUCAACUCUUCAUGGCUGAGGCAUUUGCAAUUCCCGACACUCGCGUACGCCAGGUGGAGACUCCUUUAGGCGUUGACAAGGACUAUUUCUCUGCAUAUGCCUUUUACGUCAAGAAUCGACUCAAUAAACUGGCCAUCAUCAACUCCAAGCCAUACUACGCUAAUUCUACAAGCGACUUUACGGUGGCAGUGGACAUUUCCAAAUACGGACACUCAAAGAAAGGGACAAGAGCGUGGUUGAAAAGAUUGAGCGCUCCUCAUAUUGAUGAAGGCAAUGCAAACAAGACCACUUGGGCAGGUCAAUCUUUUCCCGAAGGCAACGAGACCGGCGACCUCCUAGUAGAGGCAGUUGGGUGCGAUGGUCUAGUGCAUGUCAGAGGAAGUGAGGCGGUACUUGUUUAUUUUGAUAAGAGAGACACGAACAUGGAUGCGUGU